AUAGAAUAGAGAAGCACCGAAAAACAUUACAUCCGGGAAAGCGUCUUAAUAAACGCUGUUUCUUUUUGUUCUUCAAAAAUCUUCUUUCUUCGUCUUCUCUGUUUAUUAAUCUCCGUCCGAAAAUGAGAGAGUGCAUUUCAAUCCACAUUGGUCAAGCUGGUAUCCAGGUUGGAAAUGCGUGCUGGGAGCUUUACUGUCUCGAGCAUGGCAUUCAGCCUGAUGGCCAAAUGCCAAGUGAUAAGACAGUAGGAGGAGGAGAUGAUGCAUUCAACACCUUUUUCAGCGAAACUGGUGCUGGAAAGCAUGUACCACGUGCCAUUUUUGUAGAUCUUGAACCAACCGUCAUUGAUGAAGUUAGAACUGGAGCUUACCGCCAAUUGUUCCACCCUGAACAGCUCAUUAGUGGCAAAGAGGAUGCUGCCAACAAUUUUGCUCGUGGCCACUACACAAUUGGCAAAGAGAUUGUAGAUCUCUGCUUGGACCGUAUCAGAAAGCUCGCCGAUAACUGCACUGGUCUCCAAGGUUUCCUUGUUUUCAAUGCUGUUGGUGGUGGCACUGGUUCUGGGCUUGGAUCACUCCUGUUGGAGCGUCUCUCUGUUGAUUAUGGAAAGAAAUCCAAGCUUGGCUUCACUGUUUACCCUUCUCCCCAGGUUUCCACAUCCGUAGUGGAACCUUAUAACAGUGUUCUUUCAACUCACUCCCUUUUGGAGCAUACUGAUGUAGCUGUUCUCCUUGACAAUGAAGCCAUCUACGAUAUCUGCAGGCGCUCCCUCGACAUUGAACGCCCCACCUACACCAACCUCAACCGCUUGGUGUCUCAGGUUAUUUCAUCUUUGACUGCCUCCCUGAGGUUUGAUGGUGCACUAAAUGUGGAUGUAACUGAGUUCCAGACCAAUUUGGUCCCAUACCCAAGAAUUCACUUUAUGCUUUCAUCAUAUGCCCCUGUCAUCUCAGCAGAGAAAGCAUACCAUGAGCAACUCUCAGUAGCAGAGAUCACCAACAGUGCCUUUGAGCCCUCAUCUAUGAUGGCCAAAUGUGAUCCUCGCCAUGGAAAGUACAUGGCUUGCUGUCUGAUGUACAGAGGUGAUGUUGUGCCAAAGGAUGUGAAUGCAGCUGUUGCCACCAUCAAGACUAAGAGAACAAUCCAGUUUGUUGACUGGUGUCCUACUGGGUUCAAAUGUGGUAUUAACUACCAGCCACCAACUGUUGUUCCAGGUGGUGAUCUUGCUAAGGUUCAAAGAGCUGUUUGUAUGAUUUCUAACUCCACUAGUGUAGCUGAGGUCUUCUCCCGUAUUGACCACAAGUUUGAUCUCAUGUACGCAAAACGUGCCUUUGUUCACUGGUAUGUCGGUGAGGGUAUGGAAGAAGGUGAAUUUUCUGAGGCUCGUGAAGAUCUUGCAGCACUGGAGAAGGAUUAUGAGGAGGUCGGUGCUGAGUCUGCUGAAGGCGAAGAUGGUGAUGAGGGAGAUGAGUACUAAGUAGUAAUGUUACAAUGUCUAUCCUUAUAACUACAUCAUUUGGUGUGAACUGUAGUAUUAUGUUUUUCCGUCUUUCUGUAUGUUGAGACAAUGUGAGCUGGAUAUAAGUGGAUAAGUUGCACUAAGUAGUAAUGUUACAGUGUCUAUCCUUGUAACUAUAACUAUCAUUGUUUUUUCUGCUUUCAUCAUUUACACAAUAAAAUGGUAGACCUCAAUGUCAUCUAAAAAAGAGGAAGCGUAUUUACUGGAUGAA